UAAGCGCUAGUGAUAUUAAAAAUAAUCACGAACAGACGGGGAUGCCUCAGUCCGGUGGCUGUUGGAGACAAUAAGUCCACGCGAACUAUACGCCAACCGAGUCAUAUUGCAAAAUCGGCGCUACGACGUUGCCAAGGUUACGUGUAAAGCAGCACUACUGUGCCAUUUCAUUCAGAUUCCUGCAAUUUGGAAGCAGCUUUGGCGAAAUAAGGCGACUACAGUGGCAGUGUUUGCAGUGCAUUACAGGCGAUAUUCCAAGCCCAUUUGCGUUUAGCAUGUCAAGGAAGAUGGUGACUUGAAGAUGAAUUUGUGGACAGAUAUAAUCUCAAUCAGUGAUGUUUUAAGCUAUGAGUAAGGACCCGGGAAGGAGAUCGAGAACUCCCAAUGAUAAUAUAAAACUGAGCUCAUGUACGCACAGUGAACAAGAUGAUGGUCAGGAGACCGCCGACAACUCGGGAAAAAACGAUUGCUCCAAGGUGAGAAGACCUUCCCUCCAAAGAUGGCGUCGACCAGUGAUGCUUUUUGUUCAACGUCAGUUGAUAAAGGACUUCAAUCGUGAGAUAGCUCGUUACAGUACAAUGGUGGUCGCAUUGGGAGGGAUGAAGGACUCGGAGAACUUCAGAGAGGAGCUGAAGAAGUCGAGACGGAGAGCAUGCACGCUGGCGAAGCAAAACAAAAACCGUCUUCUUCCUCACCUACGGAACACUCUAGCUCACCCUGGGAGUUCGGACAGACACGAUAUUGAGAGACUCUGGAGCAGUUACUCAUCAUGCCUAGAGGUGUUCGAGAUGCAGAUGCUCAGGACUUUAGAACUAUUACGAUUCUUCCCUUUUUCUACAGGUAAAUCCAUAUUUAUUCAAACGGGACUACAGGAGUGUCAACUAACCACGCACAAUCAUCGGUAUGGUUCCAUAGCAGUAGAACACCUCGACAUGCCUUCUGGUGAUAAGAGGAAACUGGAAGCAGAUGAGCAGAGGGUAUUACAAAAAGAUAUUCACGAUAUUCGUGAUAUGCUUUCAAGUAUGCAAAGAUAUGGUGACGUGAAUCCGUGGACUGUGCAGCCAGACUUAGAUAAACUGGAGUGCAGCAAAUCAUUGAAUUCCGGAAGUGAGGAGUCCACAUCCGUCGUAGAGGUUCUCUCUAUCCCAGACUAUGACAGACAAAGGCGACGGAAGUGUAUUUGUCUUGUGUCAAUUAUCAUGUUGUCAAUAGUGAUAUUUGCUACAGUGCUUGGAGUAUGUAUAGCACUCCUGACGUAGUUUUUGAGUGCACAGUAAGUGCACAGUAAUGUGUGUAUAUAAGGAAUACUGACGGCACGUAUGCAUUCUAGGAGUAUUCGUGUACAUAUAAAACACUACUGUCGUAGCGAGUUGUGGAGUUCAUCAAUACCACAGGAGUACGGCAAGUCGUCAGUCUAGUAUUAAUGCAUCGGGGGUGACGCAGGGACGAUGAGUAUAGCGGAGGGAGUGGAUGACAUCAGAACAGAAUAUUACAUGCAUGUGGUGAAUGCAGUGCAUUCCCAAGAUUACAUGUAUUUCCGUGAUCUAUUUUCCAUCAGUGUUUUGGAACCGGAACUCUAAAAUUACUGAGUAUGAUACCGCGUGCGCAAGCCGGUCCCGCAUUGUAUAUACUGAUCGGAUGAGGAUAAGAUCUGAUAAAGAAUCCUGUUGCUUAUUUUUGCCGGGGAUCUCUGUCUGUUGGGGAGUAAAUUACCACGCACACCUAUCACGGUUUCGGUGCUGUGCAGUGUUCACAGGGGUGCCUAGCUGCGAGUGAAUAUAGACAUGCACGCAUAUCGAAAAAUAAGUUAUUUUACAGUAUUUCAGUUGUCGAUACCAGUUGAUAUUUUGAUGUUGUGUUUCGGUAUGAAAUUAUCAAUUACUAUAUCGGGGAGUGAUUUAGCAAGAACAAUAUUGUCAAUUGUCAUGCGGUGAGACCCUGCGGGAUUUCAAUGAGGAACCAACAUAGAUGUGAGCGGUUGUGGUUGCGACUCAAAAAAUUGCUCGGAGUGCAGCAAAACGAUGUGCAGUGUAAUAUACUAUACAUGUACAUAGAAAACAGUCAACAUAUCUACCGAGGUGUUUUACAUGUAUAGUACCCGCCAUUCGGUGUGUCUGUUUUGGAGGAGAUAUUUAGGAUUUUGCACGCUUGCUGUUAUGUGCUUUGUUUUACAGUAUUGACCGUCCUUACAUGUACGUACAUGUAUCACAAACAUCAAACGUAGAAGCUCUGCGGGCCAACUUUCCAACCCAAGUUACAUGAAGAGUCAUCUUUUGAAGGACUUUGCUCUAUAAGGCUUUGUCUGUGGCUGGAUUUGGCUACAUCAUCCGUCAUCGCCAUAAGAAUCUCAUAUCCCAUAUUGGUACCAUUCCAUAUUAGAGCAAAACGAGGUGCCCGCGAGCCUGCGUCAACCAGCCUGGUUUGGUUUCUCUCACACCAAAGACAAAGCGAGACAAAAUGAAUUACAAAAUAUGAAACCACAUGUACCUCGCCAGUCGUCGCUCAAAGCAGUACAGAUUUCCUAGUUUCGCGGUUAGAAUUAUGGCCGAUUUGAUGCGAUCUUCACUUACUGUGCACUGUCGCGUGUGACAGAUGAGGAAUGAGAUUGCAAGUUAUUAAAAUUUAAAGCAUAUUUCGAUGCUCAAAUCCCACAAACAUGUUGUUUUCAUUAAUUAAGAUGAUUGAGAUCCCAGAAGUAAGUCAUUUUAUUAGACUCUUUGAAGGAUCUAUUCUGAUACAUCGCUACGCCAUUGUUAUGCGCAUGUGUUAUUAUAUGUACAUGUGAGACAAGACCACUAAUGAAUAUUCAUAGGUUGGAGGGUCGAGGCCUAUCAAUUAGACGAGUGCAUGUUUUUUACUCUCAAGUACAUAUUUGGAGAGGUAUUGAAAAAAUAUUUGCUGUGGCAAGUCUACAGAUAUAAAGGAAUUAUUUGAUGAAAAAAUUAAUUUCGAAUUUUGCUAAUUGGGUAAUAGGGGGCGUGUUUUGAGUUUUUUCUGCCAGUUGGCUGAAAACAGUGGAAAUAUCAAAGUCUGUCUAAUUUGUCGAUUAUAAAAAAAAUUCCGUGGUCAAUCACCAAUUUCCAUCGCACCAGUUACUCGCAAGACUAACCCGUAUAUCAUAUCCGAAUUUCAGUUUCACUACUUGACGCAUUCUUUGAUGCGUCGCGGUCAAACAUUGACAAUUUAACUGCUAAAAGGCUUAAAAAAUCAAUUGUGGUCUUGUCUCAUGUACAUGUAUAAUCUACUGCAGUUAGGAAUCGACAGUCGUUGUAGUGUGUCAUUGCGUCGAUUAUUUUCAGAAUAAAAAACUGUUUUUUAA